UGACCCGGAGGAGAAGCGCCGCAUCGGCCAUUUUGGGCUCAAAGGGGGCUUUUCUGUCACCACGUGAGGGCUGGGUUAGUAAGUCUGACACGGGCACUAAAUCGAGCCGAGCGAAGACUCAGAGAACAAGGGGGUAAAAAACGGGAAAGACGUUGCCUCACACACCUGCACUCAUUUUCACAUGUGCUGAUAUAGAGAGUGUAAAGGAUGCCGACAGUCACUCUGCCUCCCAAAGAAAACGCUCUGUUCAAGAGGAUCCUGAGAUGUUAUGAACACAAGCAGUACAGAAAUGGACUGAAAUUCUGCAAACAGAUUCUCUCUAAUCCCAAGUUCUCAGAACAUGGAGAGACACUGGCGAUGAAAGGCCUGACCCUGAACUGCCUGGGAAAGAAAGAAGAAGCCUACGAACUUGUCCGCAGAGGUCUACGAAAUGACCUGAAGAGCCACGUUUGCUGGCACGUGUACGGUCUGCUUCAGAGGUCUGACAAGAAGUACGAUGAGGCUAUUAAGUGCUACAGAAAUGCACUGAAAUGGGACAAAGACAACUUGCAGAUCCUUCGAGAUCUCUCCCUGCUGCAGAUCCAGAUGAGAGACCUGGAGGGUUACAGGGAGACCCGGUAUCAGCUGCUGCAGUUGCGGCCAGCCCAGCGAGCAUCAUGGAUUGGUUACGCCAUUGCGUAUCACCUCUUAGAGGACUAUGAGAUGGCCGCCAAAAUCAUUGAGGAGUUUAGAAAAACACAACAGACGUCCCCUGACAAAGUUGAUUAUGAGUACAGUGAACUGCUGCUGUAUCAGAAUCAGGUCCUGAGGGAGGCGGGACUCUUGAGAGAAGCUCUGGAUCAUCUCACUACCUACGAGAAACAGAUCUGUGAUAAACUGGCUGUGGAGGAAACCAAAGGGGAGCUUCUGUUGAGUCUGGAGCGGUUUGAGGAGGCGGCAGAUGUAUACAGACGACUGCAGGAGAGAAAUCCUGAAAACUGGGCUUAUUACCAUGGCCUGGAGAAAGCCCUCAAACCUGUGAAUACAGAAGAGAAACUAAAGAUCUAUGAGGAGGCCUGGGAGAAAUACCCUAAAGGUCUCGUACCUCGCAGAUUACCGCUGAGCUUCCUGUCUGGGGACAAGUUUCGAGAGUGUUUGGAUAGAUAUUUAAGAAUGAACUUCAGUAAAGGCUGUCCUCCAGUCUUCACCACACUCAGAUCUCUCUAUCAGGACAAAGAGAAGGUGUCAAUAAUUGAAGAAUUAGUUGUUGGUUUUGAAACGUCGUUACGGAGCUGUCGAAUGUUCAGCCCAGAUGAUGAUGGCAAAGAGGAGCCGCCCACUACAUUACUUUGGGUGCAGUAUUUUCUGGCUCAGCACUAUGAUCAGAUCGGCCAGCACACCAUGGCACUCGAAUACAUCAACGCUGGCAUUGAGAGCACGCCUACUCUGAUCGAGCUCUUCCUCAUUAAAGCCAAGAUAUACAAGCAUGCUGGGAACAUCCGGGAAGCAGCUCGUUGGAUGGACGAAGCUCAGGCCCUGGACACAGCAGAUCGUUUCAUUAACUCCAAAUGCGCCAAGUACCUGCUUAAAGCAGGUCUGGUCAAAGAAGCUGAGGAAAUGUGCGCCAAAUUCACGAGGGAGGGAGCGUCUGCAGUAGAGAAUCUGAAUGAGAUGCAGUGUAUGUGGUUCCAGACUGAAUGUGCUCUGGCCUAUAAAUCUAUGAAGAAAUGUGGAGAAGCACUCAAAAAAUGCCAUGAGAUUGAAAGGCACUUUGUAGAGAUAACAGAUGAUCAAUUUGACUUCCAUACGUACUGUAUGCGUAAGAUGACACUGCGUUCCUACGUGGACCUGCUUAAGCUGGAGGAUGUGUUACGUAUGCACCCAUUCUACUUCAAAGCCUCACACACCGCCAUCCAAAUCUACCUCAACCUGCAUGACAACCCACUAACAGAUGACAGCAAGGAGCUACAGACUGAAACUGGGAACCUGACUGACAAAGAACUGAAAAAGUUAAGGAAUAAGCAACGAAGAGCACAGAAGAAAGCACAGCUGGAGGAGGAAAAAAAGAACGCAGAGAAAGAGAAACAGUUAAAGAACCAGAAGAAGAAAAAAGAGGAUGAUGACGAAGAGAUCGGCGGCCCUAAAGAGGAACUCAUACCAGAGAAACUGGCCAGGGUGGAGAAUCCAUUAGAUGAAGCUAUAAAGUUUCUGACACCUUUGAAAAACCUGGUGAAAAAUAAAAUAGACACACACCUUCUGGCCUUUGAAAUCUACUUUAGGAAAGAAAAGUUCCUGUUAAUGCUGCAGUCGGUGAAGAGGGCCAAUGAAAUAGACCCAGACCACCCUUGGCUUCACCAGUGUCUAGUCCGCUUCUUUAAAGGAGUGUCUGAAAGUAAAGACCUAGCAGAGUCGGUCAGCAUGGUGCUCAAGCAGGAAAUCUCCAGGCUGUUUGGGGAAAGUAAUGCUAAGAGCUUCAAUCAGGCCUUCCUCAGCAAGCACUCCAGUUCCAUCCCUCACCGAGUAGCAGCUGCCAAAAUGAUGUUCUACUUGGACCCUUCAACACAGAAGAAAGCAGUGGAACUGGCUAUAGCACUUGAUGAAUCACUGAACAACAGAAGUAUUCAGAUCUGUACAGAGGUUUUGGAAAGCCUGCGUGAUGGCAGCCUUGGAGAGGCUAAAGAAACGGCUGAGUUAUACCGAGCAGAGUGUCAUAAGAUCUACCCCUAUACGCUGGCCUUCAUGCCCCCAGGCUACGAGGAAAACAUGAAGAUUGCGGUCAAUGGAGACGUCUCCACGGAAACUGAGGAGCUGGCCAAUGAUAUGUGAACAGUCGAAGAGGGUGAAGGACUGAGGGAGGAGGAGGUGGAAUGGGAAGCGGUGCGGCACCGCCACUGUCGAACAUCCAAGACGGUUGCCAUUGACUGUUGCGGUUCUUUGAGGAACUUCCUGCGAUCUUCUACACCCCCAGAAAUUGCAGUUAGGACUGACAGACAAUGACUGUGUUUUGGAGUGGAGGAAGAAGAGGAGGGGUGUGGAGGGAGAGAUGAGAAUAAAACGCCCAUUUUACUUUUUUAACCUUGCCGAUGACUACACUCUAACUAAAAACUAGUCAAACAUGCAUCCCAUUUUGAAAUACAGUAUGUCUGAAUGCAAACUUUGUGCAAUGGCGAGAGCAAAUCCCAUAGUCAACACACCAAGCAAGAGAAACGCACUCAAACCCAUCUUUCCCCUGUUUUAAAGAGUAAUUUAUAUGAAAAAUAAAAGCUUAAAAAGGA